GUGCGGCAGGCGCAACAUUUUUUUUUUCGUCGUCGCUAAGAAAACUUUGGCUUUCUGCACCACCAUCAACAACAUCAACAAGCAACAAUGGGUCGCAGAGGAUUCAAAGGAAAGAACAGACGCGGUGGCGGCAAUGACAAUGGUGCCCGCCCUACCUGGAAGGACUACCCAGCUCUCGUCAAGGAGAACGAGAAGCUCGAGGAAUACUACAACAACUUGCUCCAGCUUCCUGAGGAAGAGAAGAAGCAGUACUGGGAUGCAUUGAAGCGCGAGUUGCCCAACAGCUUCCGUUUCUGUGGCUCCAAGGGCCACGCUCUUAUUGUCAAGAGACUCCUACAAACCCGAUAUAUCCCCGAGAUUACAAAGAUUGAGCACCAAGAUGGCCGCCCGGCUGAGCCACCCAUCCCCGUCUCUUGGUACCCUGACGAGCUCGCCUGGUGGAUGACGACGCCCAAGAACGUUGUGCGCAAGUUCCCUCCCUUUGCUGCUUUCCAAAAGUUCCUUGUCUCCGAGACCAGCGUUGGAAACAUCAGCAGACAGGAAGUUGUCAGCAUGAUUCCCCCCAUGCUUAUGGAUCUCAAGCCCGGCAUGACUGUUUUGGAUAUGUGCGCUGCCCCCGGUAGCAAGUCUGCCCAGCUUCUUGAGAUGAUUCACCACGGUGAAGAGUCCCGCGUUCGCAAGGUCCUGCGUUCUAUUGCUGCUCAGGAAGGAAUUGAACUCGGUCCCGAGACCCAGGAAGAGAAGGACGCCGACCUUGAAGCUGAUCCCUCCGACUCUGGUCGCGCCACUGGAUUGCUCAUCGCCAACGACGCCGACUACAAGCGCGGACACAUGCUGGUUCACCAGCUGAAGCGCCUUUCUUCACCAAACCUUCUCGUUUCCAACCACGACGCAACCCAGUUCCCCUCGAUUAGACUUCCCUCUACCGACGACAAGCCUGUCUACCUCAAGUUUGACCGUAUUCUUGCCGAUGUUCCUUGCUCUGGUGACGGCACUCUCCGCAAGAACGCCAACCUUUGGAAGGAUUGGCUUCCUGGAAACGCUCUGGGUCUUCACCUCACCCAGAUUCGCAUUCUUGUUCGUUCUCUUCAGCUUCUCAAGGUUGGUGGCCGUGUCGUUUACUCUACUUGCUCCAUGAACCCUGUUGAGAACGAGUCCGUCAUCGCUUCUGCCAUUGAGCGCUGUGGUGUCGACAGCGUCGAGAUCAUCGACUGCAGCAAGGAGCUGCCUAAUCUCAAGCGCGCCCCUGGCAUGAAGCAGUGGCAGAUUAUGGACAAGACAUGCCGCUCAUGGAGCUCUUGGGAGGAGGUUGAAAAGUUCACUAAGGAGGAGAACGAUGGUGUUGUCCCUGGACGUCUGGUUCAAACCAUGUUCCCCAAGGUUGAGGGCUCCCUUGCUUUUGACCUCCCUCUUGAGCGCUGCAUGCGAGUUUACCCCCACAUGCAGGACACUGGUGGCUUCUUCAUCACUGUCCUUGAGAAGAAGAAGGAAUUCAAGGCCAAGAACGAGAACGAGGCCAAGGCUGCUGCCGCUGCUACUACCGCUGCCCCUAACGGCGCUGCCGCUCCCGAGGCCGCCGCUGAGCCCGAAGCUGCCAAGACUGAAGACGUCCAGAUGGAUGAUGCUUCGAGCAACGGACAGAAGAGACCCCUGGAAGACCAGGCCGAACACUACGUUGAAGGCGAGACCAAGAAGGUCAAGACUGAUGCCGAACCCGCUGCCACCGAGGCCCCAGCUGCCGCUGAAGCCAAGCCUGAAGAUGCUGCUCCCGCUGCUCCCAAGGUCGAGGUCGCCUCCAAGCCCAAGAGACACGGUCCUCCCGAGGAGCCCUUCAAGUACCUCGAUGCUGCUCACCCCACCAUCCAGAACAUCCGCGAGUUCUACAAGCUGUCAAGCCGCUUCCCCGACAACAGAUACAUGGUCCGCAACGAGAUGGGCGAGCCCGCCAAGGCCAUCUACUACACGACACAGCUUAUGCGCGAUAUCCUCACGGAGAACGAAGGCCGCGGCCUCAAGUUCAUCCACGGUGGUGUCCGUAUGUUCAUGAAGCAGGAUGCCCCCUCCGCUGAGGUCUGCCGCUGGCGCAUCCAGUCCGAGGGUAUCCCCAUUCUCCAAGGCUACGUUGGCGAGCCCCGUGUCAUCCACCUCAAGAACAAGGAGACCCUGCGCCGCCUACUGAUUGAGAUGUUCCCCAAGAUUGCCGGCGACGAGUGGAAGAACUUUGACGAGAUUGGCGAGCGUGUACGCGACAUUGGCAUGGGUUGCUGCGUGCUCCGCGUCGAGCCCUCGGGCGAGGACCCCGACUUUACCGAGACCAUGGCGCUUCCUCUGUGGAAGAGCAUCCACUCGCUCAACCUAAUGCUGCCCAAGGAAGACCGCGCUGCCAUGCUGCUCCGAAUCUUCAACGAUACCACUCCUCUUAUCAACAGCAACUUGCAGAAGAAGGCUGAAGAGCCCAAGCCUGAUGCUGCUGCCGCUGCCGAGGAUGCUGUUCAGGACGCCCACGCUGACGUCGAGGACUUGCCUUCUCCCGAGUAAAUCAGCUUUGGACAAACUGAAAAGUAAGGAUCGAAAAAACACAUAUAUAUAAAAUAGCAAGGAUACUCUUUUGUUUUCGUUUUUGUAUUGUACAAGGGGGGUUUUGCUUUAUCUAUUGUUUCUGUCAUUUACCCAAGAAAGGACUGGGAAUAAGUUGUCCAGUAAAUGUAUGAAUGAAUAUAUAUCUACAAAAAAGUGAUGUUGGUACAAAGAAAUAAAACACAUAUAAUGUUACAACUGGCCAUCUGUCAUGGCCACGUGUGAAAAGAUGAUAUCCGUCUAAGCAAUCUCGUCAAAGAGGCCAACGGUCCAGUGAACGAUACGACGAACACCCUGGCCAUUGAUGGCACUAACUGGAAUAGCUGCGCAUUUCUUGGCCCAAGCUCCCUCUACGCCGCUCGGAUGAGCUUCCUCGCCGUUUGUCACGCGGUCAAGGUAGGCCUUGAGCUCUUUAAAGUUUGCCUGUGUAUCCGGAAGAUCAGCCUUGGUAGCCACGACAAACCACGGCUUGCGCGAGAUGUAAUCCUUGGGAGAGAGCUCGUCCUCCUUAGCCUGCGUGCCUGACAGAUGCAUGAGAUUGAUGGGACCCGGUGAAGCAGCAUCCUCUGCGAGAUCCCAGUCAAUGUUGGACUCGACGCCGCGAAGGCGCUCCUCCUCGUCUCUCAUCUCCGCAUAGAGCCCAACUUCGCGCCAGAGCGCCUUGAGGGCAUCGACGGCGUUGCGAGCAGACAAAUCAAGCACAAACGCAAGCACGCCAGCUCGUUCGACGUGGCGCAGGAAGGCAAUACCGAGACCCUUGUCCAGGUGAGCGCCCUCAAUGAGACCCGGGAUAUCGGCAAUAGUGAAACGAGUGCGCGGGUCAAAGACUUCGCCGGACGCUGAGGCGGCGCGUUUCGGCGCGGUGGUAACGGGCCGGCCAGAGUAUUUGUCAAGCACGACGGUGCCAAUGUUGGGCUGCAGCGUAGUGAAGGCCCAGUUACCGACUCGCGUGCGGCUGUUUGUCAUGGCGCGCAGAAGCGUGCUUUUGCCGGCGUUUGGCAGACCGACAAGACCAACAUCAGCUAGUAGCUUCAGCUCCAGCUCAAUCUUCAUGGUCACGGCAUCCUCGCCCUUGGUGGCAAACACGGGGCGUGGGUGUUCUCUCGAUGUAAAGUGUGUGUUUCCGAGGCCGCCAAUGCCGCCAGUAGCUAGGAGGAUGGGGUUGGGUGUUAUUUCAGAGAGAUCGAGGUAUACGGGUGCAGGCGGCUGCUUGAGGAAUCGCGUUCGUUUGGGCAGCUUGGGGAACUCGGCAGACCGCAUCUCGCUCUUUGUCAUGCCUGGAUAGAGGAGCCAUUUCUGGCGCUGUGGAUCGGCCUCGUCGGGAUUUUCUUCGUCUUCCUGUGGUUUCGGGCCUCUUGGUUGCAGAUUGCGUCCUAGGUCUGCUUCUUCUUCCACCUCCUCAACGCCAUUUUUGCGAGCUUGUUCUUCCAAUUCGAGCCGCUCGCGCUCUUCUUUCUUUCGUUCCUUCUGGACAAGACGCCAAGCUCUCAUGCUGACUUCUUCUUCGGCAACGGGAUCGUGGCGCUCAAUUUCUCGGACAAUCGUACCGACCGGAACUGUGAUGAUGAUAUCUUCGCCUCUAGUACCGCUCUUGGAACUUCCCUGGCCAUGACGUCCCCGUCCAGCCCGGAUGAACCGCUGUCUGGCUACUUUGUGCAGCGAAGUUUCUCCUGGAGCUGCUUGUAUAUAAAUAUUUCCGCCUACGCCUCCGUCGCCACCGUUGGGAGGGCCAUCAGGCAGAAACGCUUCUCUAAGAAACGAGACACAGCCAUUGCCUCCACGGCCAGCAUAUAGAGUCAAUUCGGCCUUGUCAUUGAAGCUAGGAGCAGAAUAGUCAUCGGGCGCAGGAUUGAGACGGGAUUCGGGUAAAUCGUUGACUGUCGAAGCUGUGCUGGAUGCUGCUCGGAGCUGGUGAUGCAGACUUCGGCGGCACGCCAGGAGAGGCAGCUUGCUUGCGGCUGUGCACACGGACGGGUAUAGAAAGGGCGCAAGCGUGGACGAUGCAGCCCACACCGAUUUGGCUGAUUUCAUGCUUAUGCAGAAUCACCGCCAAAGGGCUAACCUGUGCUGUGUUGUUGUUGCUGGCGGUGGUUGAGCGAGGUAGCGUGACUGGUGACGUCUGCAAACAGAGCCGCUGCACCAAAAAAAAAAGGGACAAGAAAAAGAAGUAGCUGCCGAGAAAACCAGGGUCUCUAGCCAAUAGUUUUUUUUUUCUGCAGCGCGCUGUCCCGCUCGCUAACUUACAGCGCUGAUACGCUAAAACCUCGCUGGAACAACCACACUGGGUACUCUACCGGCGCCACACCACCUCCCCGCGUUUGCAGAGGUACAGUACUGUACUGCUGUCUGGUAGCCGUAACAAAGUUUAUAAAUUUAGCGGGGCAUUUUUGGGGCGGCGCUG